AUGGAAUUAACCAGGUUGACCUGUGAAGCGAACUCUCUGCUGUCUUCAGUGGAGCAGAGAAAACGUGAAAUUGAAAUCGAGGAAAGGAAACUACAGAAGGCAAAUCUGUCUCAGCAGCAGCUCGGCGAGCUCUCGAAGCAAAUUACCAGCAUCGAGUCGUCCUUAUCGGAGCUGCCGGCCGUCGAUGAGAGUCGAGCUGAAGACUUGCGAGGGCAGCGACAACUUCUACAAAAGGAGGUGGAGGAAUUAAGAGAGCAGUGUCGGAUGGCGGAAAAGUUUGCUGAAACUGAAGGUGCACUUGAAAGAAAGAACGCACAAAGGGAAGAAGUAAGGCAAGAAUUGGACGCAUUGAUUGAGAAGCACUCUAACACCUUAACUCUCGAGUUCGGAAGCGUUCCCGAUGGCCCUUGG